AUGGAUAUGUCUAUGGGUGGCAUGGAUAUGUCCAUGGGCAACAUGUCCAUGGGCAAUGGCAUUCCCAGUCUCUUCACCUUUGAGAAAAUGUAUUGGGCUGUCGUCGGCGCUGCCAUCGCUGCUUUUACCCUCGUCAAUCUAUACAGCUGGUUUCUGUGCCGUCAGAGGUUACGAUCAACAAGCAUGACUCCUGCCAAACCCAAAGCUUUUCCCUUCCUCGCCAUGGCUACAUGCACCGCCCUCAUUCGUGAGCUUGCCAAUGCUUCAUUGCCAGUCUUUGCUGUCAAGUCCCUCCGGACGCCUUCGCCAACUCUUGGAAGGGUCUCCUUGGUAGCCGCCAACAUAGUAGUCCUUCUCGUCAUGUGUUUCUACAAGCUCGACGUCAGUGAUCAAUGGUCUUUCGAGGACAUUGGUUACCGCACAGGCUUUGUCACCCUCUGCCAACUGCCUCUCCUGUUCCUUCUGGCUGGAAAGCGCAAUAUUAUCGCUGCCCUAAUAGGCUCUUCAGGAUCAACGACGAGUAUUGCUAUUGAGGGUCCUUAUGGUCGCAUUCGCCCUCUGCAACAAUUUGAUAGCGUGGUAUUGCUCGCUGGUAGCUCUGGUGCGUCAUACACUAUGCCAUUGCUGCGCGACCUUGUCCAUGCAUGGAAAUCAAUGGAUGGUCAGAGCAAGAGUCAACGCGAGAAGCCGGUAACUAGACAUGUGAGAUAUGUCUGGAUCGUCAAGUCUGGAUCUCAACUGAGCUGGUUCUCCACCCAACUUAGCCAAGUUGUGGAAGAUGUGGCUCGUUUGCAGGCCCAAGGCCACGAAGUCAGCGUUGAUAUCAGCGCUUACAUCACGUGUGAUGAAACGUUUACGACUGAACAGAAGACUCUGCUCGACGCCUGGAAGGCAUACUCAACAUCAACGACCCCAAAGUACGGCUCGGUAACUGAGGUCUUGAACUCUGUUGAUGACGAAGAAUACAACGACUUCGGUAUGGAGAAGAAGUUCUCUUCCAAGGACGAGAAGAUUGAGGUCCAAGAGCUCGAUCGUUACUCACUAUCAGGCUCAGCUGAGCCUACAUCAAAGCAAUCAUGCGGACCCAACGGCACAUGCUGCUGCACUGUCACGAUCGAAGACGAGGACGACGAUGAAGCCAUCAGACCUGCAUGCACUUGCAAUUGUGGAGCGGGUCCGUCGCGAACGGAGAGCUCAAGAUCGAGCAUUCUAAACGAGAAACCCAAGCCGAAACAACCGUUCCUGCAUCCUACAAUCUCGGUAUUCUCAGGCCGACCAGCUUGCAGGAAUGUCAUCCGCAAAACACUUGAGCAGGCUUAUGGUGAAAGCGCAGUCGUGGUCUGUGGACCACAGGGCUUAGUUCAUGAUGUACGAACGAGCGUCGUCUCGCUUAGUGAUGAAAGAGCGGUCCACAAGGGCACGGGCGCUCAAGGCAUCUGGCUCCAUGCUGAAGCCUUUGGGUACUGA